UCAUCUUUCCUCUAUAUAAACCACCCUCCAACUCCCAAACUUUCAUCAUCAUCACCAUUAUCAAAAACCCUAACAAAAAAACAUGUCCAUCACCAAGUUUCUUUUGGUUUCUUUUUCUUUAUCUUUGGUUUUAGGCAUUGCAUGGAGCUUUGAUUUCCACGAAAAAGAGCUUGAAACGGAGGAUAGUUUAUGGGAUAUGUAUGAGCGGUGGAGGAGCCACCACAAGGUGGCGGCAAACCACCACGAGAAGGAGAGGCGGUUCAACGUGUUUAAAGCCAACGCGUUUCAUGUUCAUGAAACUAACAAUAUGGACAAGCCUUAUAAGUUGAAGCUUAACAAGUUUGCAGACUUGACUAACCAUGAGUUCAAGACCAUGUUUGCGGGUUCAAAAGUGAAGCAUCACAGGAUGUUGCAAGGGGAUCGAAUUGGCAACAAGACGUUCAUGUAUGCUAAUGUCGAUUCUGUCCCUACUUCAGUUGAUUGGAGAAAGAAAGGGGCUGUCACCCCGGUCAAGGAUCAAGGGCAAUGCGGAAGUUGUUGGGCGUUUUCAACCAUUGUGGCAGUUGAAGGAAUAAAUUACAUCAAAACAAAGGAGUUAGUGUCGUUAUCUGAGCAAGAGCUUGUCGAUUGUGACACUAAAGAAAACCAAGGGUGUAACGGAGGGUUAAUGGACUUGGCGUUUGACUACAUAAAAAAGAUCGGAGGUCUAACUAAAGAGGAUAACUACCCUUACAUGGCCUUAGACGGGAAGUGUGAUCCUAAAAAGAAGAAUGCUCCGGUGGUAUCAAUCGAUGGGCAUGAGGAUGUACCAAAAAACAAUGAGAAAGCACUAAUGAAAGCAGUAGCCAACCAGCCUGUUUCUGUUGCCAUUGAUGCUGGUGAACAAGAUUUCCAAUUCUAUUCGGAGGGAGUUUUUACGGGAAAGUGUGGAACAGAGUUGGAUCACGGGGUGGCAGCCGUGGGAUACGGGACAACUCUAGAUGGAACCAAAUAUUGGAUAGUGAAGAACUCAUGGGGAGCAGAAUGGGGAGAGAAGGGAUACAUUAGGAUGCAAAGAGGAAUAUCUGAUAAAAGAGGACUUUGUGGCAUAGCAAUGGAGGCCUCUUAUCCUAUCAAGAAAUCUUCUAACAACCCCACAUCAUCCACCAAAGAUGAACUCUAAAUUACACAAAUUCUCACACACAUACACUACUAAUUAUACCUUUUCUUCAUUAAAGAUUAUAGAAUUAUCUUCGAUGUAAUGAUAGCACUUUUAUGGCAUAAGAUCAUCGAAUAAAGAUUUAUAUUCCAAAAUCCACAAUUUCAAUAGCAUAAGCAUAGAUGUUUAACAAUUAUUGAACAAACAGACACGAUUGUACAUUUGAAAGCAAAUAAAGACGAUCAACAUAUGUCCUUUUUAUUAGUCUGAGUUUCUGUAAAAACAUACUUUGUCAUCCGUAGCACCUGAUGGGGUCGUUGCAUCCCUUUCUAGCACUCUGUUUAGAUCCUGAAAGUUCACCCUUUUCGAGGUAUUGUUGGUGGUACUCCUCCGCUCUGUAGAAAGUUUUGGCC